AUGACGUAUGUAAAACCGAACUCAUUUAACAUUAAGAGCUAUAAGUUGUUGGCGGGUUUUGGUGAUAGUGAUUUGAAAACGAUGACGCGUCGUACUCUUUUUAUACUAUUACUUACAAUCAAUAUUUUAGCGUUACCAUUGACUGAAGCUUACAAGAUUUUGCUGGUGAGUCCUAUGCCGGCUCGGAGUCAUUCUAUUCUCGGCGAUGGACUCGUCAGACAUUUGUCACAAGCUGGUCAUGAGAUAACAUAUAUUACAGCUGUACCCCAUGAAAAACCAAUGGCUGGAGUCAAAGAGAUCGACGUUAGUUCUAAUUUUCGCCUAUUUAAUGAUUCAGAAAUAAGUUUAAAAUUAUUCUUAAACAAUGAAUCGAAAAUGGGUAGUAUGACAAUAAUGAUUGAUCUGAUGGCAACUCUUGCUGAAGAGACCUUAAAGCAUUCUUCAGUUCAAAAGCUUCUUGAAAAUCCAACUCAAGAGUUUGAUGUUAUUAUCGGUGAAUGGAUGAUGUAUGAUUUAUACGUUGGAUUGUCAGCAAUUUAUCGAUGUCCUUACAUUUGGUUUUCGUCUGUAGACCCGCAUUGGAAAGUACUAAGAUCUAUUCAUGAAAUGUCUAACCCAGUGUAUGUUCUAGAUUCAUUAUCUGCAAAUACACCACUUAGCUAUUAUCAAAGACUGCAGGAGCUGGGAUCUCUAAUUAAACAAAUUUUGUUUAACAUUAACAGUUUAGUAAAUCCAAGGGAAAAUGAAGAUUAUGAACGUAUAUUGGUGCCUAUUAUUCGCAAACGUGGCUAUCCCGUACCGAGCUUUGAAGAGUUGCGUUAUAACGUGUCUUUGGUUCUCGGAAAUUCACAUGAGUCUCUUGGCAGGACAAUGGCAUUGCCAGCUAACUACAUCAAUAUUGGUGGCUACCAUAUUGACACAAAUGUGAAGCCAUUACCUGAGGAAUUGAAGAAAAUUAUGGACAAUGCAAAGCAUGGUGUUAUUUACUUUAGCAUGGGUUCCAAUCUUAACAGUCAAACGAUGCCAGAUGAACUUAAGCAAAGCUUUUUAAAAAUGUUCGGAAGCCUGAAACAAACCGUCUUGUGGAAAUUCGAGGAUGAUUUGCCAAAUAAACCUAACAAUGUUCACAUUUUGAAAUGGGCACCCCAACCAAGCAUUUUAAAUCAUCCCAAUUGUAUUCUUUUCAUAACCCACGGUGGUCUACUUUCGACGACUGAAACUGUACAUUUUGGUAAACCAAUUAUUGGAAUUCCAGUCUUUGGAGAUCAAUUUAGCAAUAUAGAUAAAGCAGUAGCUAAGGGAUAUGCUAAAAGAGUAGAUCUGUCGUACACAAUGGCGGAUGAUAUUAAAAUUGCUAUUGAUGAUAUACUCGGAGAUCCCAAAUAUAAUGCAAAACUUAAAGAAUUAUCAAUAGUUUAUCACAACAGGGCGGUAGAGCCAGCCAAAAAUUUAGUACAUUGGGUAGAAUUCGUGGUGAAGACCGGUGGAGCAAGGCAUCUUCGAUCACCCGCAUUGGAUGUACCUCGAUUUAAAAUACUAUGCCUAGACCUUAUUUUUAUUAUUAUAGCAACAUUAUAUAUAAUUAAGAUUAGUGUUACCUUUGCUUUUAAGAAGAUAAUUCGAAAAAUGAAGCAAUUUAAUAAAAGUGAUAAAAAGAAACAAAAUUAG